UAAAAAACUACGAUAUUAUUGAUUAAAACUUUAUUUGUAAGAUUUUUUGUUUCAAACGUAGCGUUUGGUCCUUUGUUUGUAACUUUUUCAUAUUUCAAAAGAAAUUCUUUUAAAUUUAUUGUUUCAAUUAUUUCAUAGUUAAAAUGGCACGAUAUGCUCAUAAUAUCCAUCAUGUUUACAUAGCGGAUGGCUUCUUUAGUGACUGCGACGAGUUGAUUCACAGAUGCUUAAAACUGCAAAAUUUACAAUAUCAGUCAUUUUGUAACAUUUGGAAGGAUCUUAAUUUUGGUAUGAUUUAUCAGGGCCGGAGUUCCGGAGCUGAAAUAGCAGAAUUAUCUGAGGAAGUAAUAUACAUAGCAAAGCAUUAUAUGAUCAAAGACACUACUAAUUUUGAGGAAUCUGUAGCUGGUCUCUUCUUAGUUUACGGUAUUUUAACCCUACAACCAUUUAGCGGUUUUGCAUGUCUUCGUUUGGUUCCGGAGGACAUACCAGCCAUAAACAGAAUAGAAGUUGUCGCGAGACGAGAACGGAGGUUAGACAUCCUCUUCAUAUUGGGCGAGAUUCUGGUUAAGUAUACUCAGUACCAUGUAGCUGAACGUGAUAGAGGAAUGGAAUCUGUUUUAAGGAAAUAUUUAGAGGGAUUUACCAGCAUAGACAGGUUGGGAGUAAGACCUCGAGGAGUUUUCUAUAGACAAAAUGAUGAGUUAGACGUCAUCAGGGACGUGGGUUCAUUAUUAAGACAAUAUAUCCGCGCGAAGAAUUCCCUUACAGGUCCAGGUAAACAAGACGCGGGUCUUCAAUAUAUAAAUGAGAACUUGGCUACUGAGCUGAGUACAUCAUUGAAGAGGGUCAUCAACGGCGUCAUUGACAAUGAGAAGGAUGAUGAUGAUGAUGAUGAUGAUGACGGUGAUGAAGACCAUUACAAUGCCGUACAGGCCAUCAAAAAUAAAGCAAUGACCAAUACUGUUAACUCAAUUAAACAUCUAACACGGAUUGAGGAAAGGACAAUGGCUAAGGAAAGUCCAAAGAAGAAAAGCGAUCUCAAAGAUGCAAUCGGUAAAAUUAAAACGGGCAGUCCGACCAAACCUGUCACAACACCUAGAAAACGAAAAGCUGAACCAAAAACGAGAAAGAAAAAAUGUAAAGAAGCACCGAAACCGAGAGAAACAACCGAUGUCGCGGACAAUAUCGAUAUAGACCUUGACGCGUUCCAAAAAGGUGUCUUUGUUGAUAAUAUCGCAGAAGAAUUCGGUAUGGAAAUUGUGAAUCAGAAAAAUUUAAAAAUAGAAGAUUUACCGGAAACCUCACAAACUGAAAGCAAAGGUCGUUUAAUCGAAAUAGAAAUUAUCGACGAGACAAAGAAAACAAAUAUAAAUGAAAACGAAAGUACAGGACAAAGUAGUCAGGACUCUGGUACGAAAUGCGAAGACGCAAAGCCUACGAGUGGCGCUAACAAAAAAUCGAAAUCGAUAAAAAGAAAGCGUAGAGAUGAUAUGCCAGUUGAAAUACAUUCGUUUGGAAUUCCCGGACCGAACAAAACAAGAACUAAAACUCCAAGAGACUUGAAACGAACUAAGUUAAAAUCGAAAUUCAAAAGAAUGGGCAUGCUUCCCGUUGCUAACUUUAAUGAACCAAAAUGAUGUUAACUUGAGUUUUCUUUAAUUGAUUAGAACACGCUUCUGUAUUGUGCAGUGAUUAUUUAAUUAAAAUCAGUUAAAUAUUCAAUUUUGAAAAGGUGCUUUUUUUCAAUAAAAUAUUUGUUAUAUACAGUACGCAUAAAAAGCAAAGACCUUGUUAAUACAACAGUAAUUGUGUGGUGUAUAUGUGUUUGGUGAGAAAACGAUAAAAAAUAAAUGAAAAUUUUUUUAAUACACAAUGUUUUUAUUAAUAUUGUAAUCUCUGGCAACACUCGUAAUGUCAAUGUAAUACAGAUAAUUUAUUUAUUUAAAUACUCAGUCAAACUGACAGGGUCAUUAGCGUUAGAUCUACAAAAUGUAUGCAAUAAUAAGUAUAUAAUAAUAUUUUUCAAAAAAAAAAAAAUUA